AUGAGCAAUCUCGUUCGAAGCCCAUCAGUCGCCAGUUUAGACAUUGAAUGCCCAAUAUGUACAGAUACAUACGACCGUCCACGAUUUCUUCAAUGCUAUCAUUCAUUCUGCACAAAUUGUUUAGUUCAAAUGGUCGAAGCCCAGCACAACCGAAAUUUAAUCACGUGUCCUCUUCGCUGCGAUCAACGGACCAUCCUUCGAGAAGGAGGAAUAUUUACACUGCCACUUGACAGAUUUAAAAUGAGCAUAAUUGAGACGCUAUCCGAGCCGUCCAUUGACGAAAAUGUAUGCAGAAAUCACGACGAAAGAAUCAAGCAUUUUUGCCGCGAUUGCAACGAGCUCAUUUGCUCAGAGUGCGUUUUGGACAGUCAUUUGGGACACAAGAGCUCGAAGUUGGAGAAAACCUUAGCAACGGAUUUGGGAAGAAAGCUAAGGAAGAUUGUCGAAAGUGUUUCGGACGACGAUGCUGCGAAUAGAAUGCUUGAGGGAGUUAUAUCAAGAAAGACAACAAACGUGAUCAGAAAAAGUAAACUUGAGGAAGAAGGAAGGAUACUGGAAGAAAAGCUUGAUGCGCUUAAUGAAGAGUUAGAAAUUGUAGAAAAUGAGCUCGAGAGAGACGAAAAUUUGACGGAAACGUUAUCGACGAAUUUGAAAGAGUUUGUCAGGUCAUCAGAAAAAGCACUGAAAGAUCUUGACGAAGAAAGACUCAAAGUCGACCAAUUCGUUGGGAAAUAUUGCAAUGCUCUGAAGUCAUAUCAGAUGUUUGAGGAGUUUCAACCUAUUCUUAACCCUAAUUCUCGAGUGAAGGGGCUUGGAAAAUCAAGAUCAAAUUUUAUUUUCACCCUUUCAAGCGUGAUACUUCUGAUAUCGAUUGCUUUAUUUUAUCUUUUGGAAGAUAAGAUAUAUUCCUUCUUCGACGACACUAGCGAAGACAUAGAAGAAAUUCCGGACGAAGAAGCAACCGAAGAAAUUAGCUUUUUAAGAAAAAGGGUUUACACGGAGCUCCUACAAUUCUAA